AUGCCUCCGCAGGCGGCGGUGCAGCGGGCAGCUCGGCGGCGUGCAGGGCCGCACCGCAGAGGGACCUGGCAGAUCGGGGACCAUGGCCGCGCCCGCCGGAGCCGGGGCGAUGGUUACAGCCUCCGACCGCAGGCCUUGGCUGUGGUCAGUGCUGGCGACGGCACUUGGGCUCUUGACAGCAGGGGUGUCGGCCUUGGAGGUGUAUACACCAAAAGAGAUCUUCGUGACCAACGGGACGCAAGGGAAGCUGAUGUGCACAUUCAAGUCCAGUAACACGACGGGCAAGCUGACCUCCGUCUCCUGGAGCUUCCAGCCCGAGGGAUCCGACGCCACCGUGUCGUUUUUCCACUACUCCCAAGGGGAAGUGUACCUUGGGAAUUACCCACCAUUUAAGGACAGAAUCAGCUGGGCUGGGGACCUCACCAAGAAAGAUGCAUCCAUCAACAUAGAAAAUAUUCAGUCUAUACACAACGGCACCUACAUCUGUGAUGUCAAAAACCCUCCUGACAUCGUUGCCCGGCCUGGACACAUUAGGCUGUAUGUCGUGGAAAAAGAAAAUCUGCCUGUGGUUCCAGUCUCAGUGGUGGUGGGUAUAGUGUCCGCUGUAGUCCUAGGGCUCACUUUGUUCAUCACCAUGAUCCUGGCUGUGCUCUAUCGACGGAAAAACGCUAAACGGGAUUACACAGGCUGCAGUACAUCAGAGAGUGUGUCAGCGGUUAAGCAGGCUCCGAAGAAGUCCCCCUCCGACACAGAGGGUCUGGUAAAGAGCCUGCCUUGCGGAUCGCACCAGGGCCCAGUCAUAUAUGCACAGCUAGACCACUCUGGUGGACACCACAGCGACAAGAUCAACAAGUCAGAGUCAGUGGUCUAUGCAGACAUCCGGAAAAAUUAAAGAGAAGACCCAGAGCAUAUCCGAAGCAAUGAGCAAACCCAAAUUGGACUCUCGUGCAGAAAGUGCAGCCCAUAACCACGUGUGGCCUUGGGGGCUGAGGAAAGACAAGCACAUGUGUACUCAGAGAGGGGAAGGGACAUGUGUAAAGGAUAUGUAUAAACGUUCUAUUUAAUCUUCCUGACGCGAGGAACCAGUGUUGCAUGAUGAAAAGGUGUUGUGGUCCUGCGUAUGCAUAAAUCGUCUUACUGUUCUUGUAUGUUCUUUCAGGGUCGUUUAGCAUUGGGAAAUUUCAAAAACAUUCUUGUCACCAUCAUUUAACUAUCAUUUGCCUUAAAGGAGACAGUAGAAAACAUUCUAGUAUUUCCAUAGACAUGGCCUUUUCCUCAAGGGCUCAAGGAAACUUAGCAUUUAUUGUAGUUAGAGGAUGGAGAUCCCGUGGUGCAAGAGUAGCCAAGGUGGCGUUUGAUUUUACAUUUAGACUGGGUCCACUGACUGUGCCACUUGAAGACAGCCUGGGAGGCUUCUGCUGAUAUUUGCUAAAAUACAGGGCAGUUUUUAAAAAGCUUUGUCUGUUGUGUAGACUCACUGUAACAUCACACCAUUUAAGUAUAGCGUAUCAAUGUGUGGAUCCGUCUUAGCAAAGUUAGUAAAGUUCGCCUUCACGGCUGGAGGUCAUUUUUUUCUCGGUACUUUAGCUCAAUGCUAUAGAGGCAAUUAAAGGAAAAGCCCGACCUUUGCUUGAGUACAGCAGCAUCUGGAGGGAGAUGUAUCUGUUGCAUUCCUCUUGAAGCUGCCCUGUAUGGAAGAAGCUGAAAGCAAGUGUUUUCUUCCUUCCUGGCAAGCAGAAGUGGGGUGGACAUGUCGCCUCUAGGGCGCUUGCUCGAGAACCACCGUCAGCUCCAGAGGAGGCAACUUCUGGCCACCAGGCAUGGCUGUUAUCACAGCUCCUGGAUACCUCAGAGAUCUAUGAGGUUAAAGGAUGUCAAGAUUUUCACAAACCAAGCAGGGCUAGAACUACGACUUUGGGGAUCUUUUCUCUGUCUGUUCUGAGUUGGUCUGGGUUUUUUCUAGUCCCCCAUGACUUGUAAUUAAUAACACAAGGAGAUGAGGAAAACAAUAGAUCAUUAAUUUCCUUCCCCGAACUCAUUUUUACCGUUGACUGUCUUCUCCCCGACCGUGAACCUGAGAAUGACAAGCAUGGUGAACAUCAUAUGGUCAUUCUCCCAUUUUUCUCAGUUGCUUUGUUUUAAAAGAAACUUUUUCCCAUUAAAACCGUCCGGCAGCUGUGAGCCUGGAUGGCUGCAGAGCGAGCUGGGGUGAAUGAGGGGGAGGGAGCGGUGGUUUUCCUCCCAUACUUGAGCCUAUCGGAAGCUGCUUCCUUUUUUCCUUCUUGUCUUCUGUCAUCUUUGGAGAUGCUUGAAGGAUGAAGACAGGGAGUGAAGCCUGACUUAGGCUUGAUGGUGCACAUGAGGUGGACAAUAGGAAAAGGGCCUGUGAGCCGUUUAAAACUCACCUGUCACACGCAGGAGGUCUUUGGUUUUCUGAGGAACCCUUUGUUCCACUGUCCACUCAGAGCACAUGAGUGGGAUCGGGUUUUGUCACUGAACUCACGUGGGCUGAAGCUGGGCGUGGUGUGGUUUGUGUCCCUGCUUCCUGGGUCCAGCUCAAGAGGGGCACAGAGUUGACACAGAGCACCUUUCCUGGGCCACCUCCACAGUGUGGUCACCUCUGCCUUGCACCCCAGAUUUCCUGUCGGUGAAGACAGGAGCCGAUAGAAGGCCUCCUUCAUGUGUUUUGAGGAGAGGGGAAGCAUGCUGGGUUGUCUGCAUUGCUCAAGCUGAACCCAAGAUGACGAGACUCUGCCUGGGCCUUCCUCGUACAACUGUUUCAGCCGGGAAGGACAAACCGCCUGGAGCCCAAGGUGUCCCUUCCCAUGUGUGCUGCCUCCUUGGAGGAGUAGCCCUGAUUUCUCCUUUAGGUGCGAGGGCCAUCUGAGUGAAGCUGGCACUGGUGGGAGGUGUUUCCAGCAGCACCUCUGCCUUUCCUCCUCAUCCCCCAGCCACCUCCUUUCUGCCCUUGCGCUUGGGGACCCUGCCCAGUGACCCCUUGCCAGCCAGCAGCACCAGUUCUAGCAGAAGAUCCCUUGGGGCUCACUGGUCUCCCUGUGAGGGUGGCAGCUGCCUGCCCUCCACAGAACAUCUCCAAGCAGCCAGCCAAGACCACCCCCAACUCAGGCAUGCCACCUCUGGCCAAAGUUCUGGCCUUUUCCUGUGCCUCACUGUCCCUGUGCCUGGCUGCAAGCCACAGUGGGGUCACAUCCCAACGGCAGGCCCGCCCUUCCCAUGCCUUAAGACCUCUUAAAAUUACGUGUAAAUUUAGAAACACCUAAAAGGGAUAACUUGGAGGUUAAAACACCUGUCUAGUUUCUCCAUGAACAUGUAUCCUGUGUGGGGGAGGGGACGACUAUCAAGUUCAUAAUUUUUGUUCUUUUUCUUUUCAAUUGUACUUCUGUGAAUAUUUUAAUACAUCUUUUUCAAUUUUCAAA